GAGCGCAGACAACCCCGGCCCGUCUCAUACACUUGAGCGCAGAUUGCAGCGUUGAAUUUGAACAGAGCAGGAAGUGAACUGUGGCGCCAUCCCCAUGAGUCGUAACAGAAUAAUUAUAACAUUUCUUUGAAGAUAACGUAGAACUUUUGUAGAGUUUGAAAAUCGUAGCGCGUGUGUAACCUAACCUAACAAAUAUAAUCUAAAACAGCGAAGUUGGAAAUUAUUUAUAAUUUUGUUUAAAAAAUCAAUAGAGUUGUUGAAGCUCUUUGGGUUAAGAGGCUUUUGUGUUAUAUUCCUCUACGGCGAGGAGAAGGCGCAUUUAGUUCCGUUCGGAACGUCCAAAACAAAUCUAAAACAGCACGCUAGAUAUCUAACCAACACGUAACCUAACAUGCGUGUGUGAGUGGUGAUUGAAGCAAUAAUAGAUCUGCGAAAUUUCAUUUAUUAUGGAACUCGAGAAAUCCAUAUUACUACAAAAGCAGGUGAAGGAUAAUUCAGAGGAUUUACAGAGCGAAUUUCUGGACCUGAAAAAUUGGGAAGAGCAGAUGAAACGGAAGGAACGAGAACUCUUAAGUGAGCGGAGUGGCCAGGAAGUUCUGCCUCCAAUUAGAAGAAAAACUAAAAAGAGACCUAAGAAAGAAACGAAAGAGACCAAGGAGAUGGGAAAAAACUCUGAAAGAAUAAAAUCAAAUGAUUACGCAUCAUGGGACAAAUUUGAUGUUAACAAGGCCUGCAAAGACCUGGAAAAUGAAGAACAGUCUAAUAGCUCAUCGGAAGAGGCCAUGUCCAGGGAAGAAUUGGAAAAAGAACAUGAGAAGGCAAACAAGCAUAAACAACAAGGCAAUGUCUUCGUAAAACAGAAAGAAUGGGACAAAGCGAUCGCUUCAUACAGCGAGGCAAUCAAGAUUUUUCCCUACGAUGCCAUUUUUUAUGCCAAUCGGGCACUCUGUCACCUGAAGCGAGACAACUUGUACUCAGCAGAGGCAGAUUGCUCAUCUGCGAUACAGUUGGACGAUUCGUAUGUGAAGGCUUACCACAGACGAGCAACAGCUAGGAUGGAACUUAAACAAUACAAGGAAGCGAAACAAGAUAUAGAAAAGAUAUUGGUAUUGGAACCUUCUAACAAGGAGGCGCAGACGCUACUUGGCCAAAUUAACAAACGACUUGAGAGCUCAAAACCAAUUAUUAUAUCCGAAAAGGACUUGGCUGAAGAUAUUUCAGUAGAAAAGAAGAUUGGCGAGAAGAUGCUGGGCAACAUAAAGUCAAAUAGAAAGGUGAUCGAUGCUAAAGAGGAAGUUAAAAAGAAGCAGUCCAACGUAGAUUCUACUGUGAAACCAACAACCAAAGUAAAUGUAAGAAAACCGCUAAACUCAUGUAUCCCAGAGUGGCUACCGGAAAAGGACGAUGUUGCAAUUGUGCAACCUGUUACGAUACCACCUCACCUACGUUCGAAGGAGCCACUGAGGAAAAUACCUAUACAAGAAGCUGAUUUAACUAAACCUAUCAAAAAAGAAAAGAAAGUAUCGUGCAAUAAGAAGCAUGUGAAAUUAUCAGACAUUUCUCCUAUUAAUAUUACAAAGCAUACAGAAAGUGUAAGGAAGAAUGAAGAGGAAGAAAACUUGAGCAAUAGUUGCAUAGAAGUACCUUCUGUCCCAAAAACUGCAGUACAAUUCUUAAUAGAUUGGAAGAAAUAUACUUCACCUGCUUGUCGAUACAAAUAUCUAAAGCAAAUAGCACCAGAAAGCUUGCCGAACUUAUUUCAAAAUUCAAUGGAAAGUUUUAUUUUCGAUGAUAUUUUGGCAAUACUCAGGACAGAGUUUAUGAAGCGAGAGGAACCUAUAUUCUCAUACCUGAAAGGUCUCAGUAAUAUUAGCAGGUUCAGAACAUUCGUUAUGUUUAUCAGCAAUGCAGAAAAGCAAAACUUAAAACUUAUGUUUUCAUAUUGCAAAACAUCUGAGAAAAUAUCUGAGGAAGAAGUUGCAGAAUUGCAAAAUAAAUAUGAAAUUUAAAAAGAUGUGAAGAAAAAUACAAGUAAUUACAAAUCCAGCAUUAAAAAUUUUGCGCACAUGGUAAAUUAGGUAAGCGUUUAGCGAAAGAGUGGUUAAAUGUGAUUUCAUUAUCAUUAAGCAAGUAAUUUCUAAUUCAAUAAACUACAGUUUCGAGAUUUAUAAUUAGACUUUUGAAAAGAAUAAAGAAGAAGAGAGAGAACUCAA